AUGGACCACAUUCACACUGUUUCGAAACUCAUCGAGGUAUCACGAGAGUACAAGGUGCCGCUCUGUCUUACCUUCAUCGACAUAAAGAAGACCUUCGAGUCAGUUGAGACGAAAGCGGUCGUGGAAGCCUUGGACAACCAAGGCGUCCCUACUCAGUACAUAAAGGUACUUCGAGAGUUGUACAGUAACUUCACGACCGGAAUUUCGCCAUUCUACAAGAACAUCAUCAUUGACGUGAAGAAGGGGGGUCCGACAGGGUUAUACAAUUUCACCCAAAAUAUUCACAGCCACCCUCGAGAACGCAAUGCGAAAGUUGGAAUGGGACGACAUGGGAGUGAAGCUGAAUCUACAAAAGAUCUGGGUCGGGAAUUGAACAUGAUGAACGACCUGACCCCCUUGCUGGGCAGGAGAAGACGAGCGGCUUGGGGAGCGUACAAGAGCAUCAAGGAUGUAGUGAAGAAGACCAGGAACACCCGGCUCCGUGCUCACCUCUUCAACACCACCGUACUUCCUGCUUUGACCUAUGCUUCGGAAACCUGGGCAUUUCGCAAGCAGGAAGAAAACGCGGUGAGCGUCAUUGAACGCGCAAUUGAGAGAGCGAUGCUAGGGGUAUCCCGUUUCACACAAGUGAGGGACGGGAUUCGAAGUUCUCUCCUACGUCAGCGGUCGAAGAUUAGAGACGCCGCCGCGUUUGCCAAGGAAAGUAAAAUAAGGUGGGCCGUACACGUGAUGUGCUUUAAUGACAAUCGUUGGACCAGAGCCGUGAGCUAUUGGGUUCCCCGCGAUAUUAAGCGCACUAUAGGAAGACCGCCGACCCGAUGGUCAGAUUUCUUCACGAAGUCCUUCAAAGAAAAAGGUGAUGCUCUUCGUGUCCCACGCGAAAGGAGGAACCACUGCGCUACUCUGGCACGCGAUCGGGACAAAUGGAAGUAUUACUGGCGCCCGCUCGACCAGUUCGAAGAUCAACGGGAUUCAAUUAAUCAAGGUAGUAUUUUUCAUGAUGUCGUGCAAAGCGAAGGUGGAUCACUGGAUACUCACGAUGAUCUUCAGCUAGGAGCUGCAGCAAAUAACCUUGGUGGUGUCGGCGAUGCACAAGAAAGCUUCACGUUGGAGCCAUUAGAAGCAGGUGCUCUCGAUCGUCAGCAGGAGCGGAGAAGAAGAAGGCGUCGUCUAAUUAUUGACGAUCAGAAAAAUAUUAGUGGUGAUGAAAUGAAGGCCAAUAUGGCAGACUAUUCAGACACGCUGCAGUCGCUCGAUCUUGCACCACCUACUCGUCGACUUAUGCGCAUGAAGGAAUCUGGGACAGUAGAAAAGUUAUUUCAUCUUCCAGGCUGUGUUUUCAUGAAGGCUAAACCUCUUGUUCGGCUGUAUCAGUCUCAUUUGGUGAUGAGAGCUCGUGUGGAGGAAGAUAUCUUGAAAGCGGACGAGAUAAGAAGAGAGAUGGACAUGUCUGAGACCAUUGAUGAUGACAUACCAUAUAACAUCGAGUCAGUUUAUGGCGAUGAUUAUGAAGACAUUGGUCCAGUCCAGUUCGAACCUCUUGGUGCCGAAUCACCUACACCAAUGGUCGCCGAUUUGCAAAUCCCUCUGGAAGAAUCCCAGGUUAAAUACGCCGAAGAAUAUUAUCCACUUAGUGAGAAGAGGAGACGGAAAUCUGAGGUUCGAAUUGCUGAGGAAGAAGAUGCUGUAGAAGGCGAUGAAGAUCAUCGUUGGUCGAAGCGUACCCAGAACGUGCUAAAUAUCAUUGGGGUAAAGCUUCGUUUAACAGACGAAACUCAGAUUGUUCUCAGUGACCUUCUUACGAAAGGAUCUACUAGAAAGACUGCAGCCCAGAAGUUUUACACACUACUAGUGUUGAAGAAAUCUCAGGCAAUCAGCGUGGAACAGCGGGAACCCUAUGGAGAAAUUUUCAUAUCCGCUGGACCCAAUAUCGCUCAAACAUUGGCAAAAUGA